AUGAAUCCUGCAGAUCAUUGGAACCCUGGAUGGCAACAGUUUGUUUUGAAUCAGCAGAGAGCACAGGCCGGGGGUAAUAGACAAGCACAGCCACAAGCAGCGUUGAACCAAUUUGUACCAGCUAGACAGAAUAAUGAAAGAAAUGGACAACAACAACGUCGCAACAACGUUCCCGCUCAAAACAGAAGAAUCCAAAAUCGGAAUGCGGUUCGCAGAGAACACCGUAACCCUGCGAGAGAGCUAAUAACACGAGACGACUUGGAAAGAAUCGAGGCAACGACACGUAAAAACUUUCAGACACGGACUGCAUUGGAGUACGAUAAUAGAGAGAAUCAGUAUGAUAUUGAUGAAAAGUCAAAGCAAUUCUCAACAACACCGAAGAAUCUAAACAGUGGAGAUAUUCAAGUUCAAAGCGAGGAGAAUAUCUGUUCAAACCUUCGAGUCGAAAAUCAAAAUGAAACUAUCCUAACGACGAAAGAACUCCUGCCUAAUUUUGAUGCCAUAGAGCAAGAACUCAGUGAUGCAUUGGCUAAUCUCGAGAUACAUUUGAGAACCAACGCUCUGGAAUACGAACUUAUCGAUAAUCUAUACGUUGAUCUCAUCGAAAGUGUUGGAAAACUAACAAACGAAACCAAUGAACUCGAUGACAUUUUACGUCGUGUAGACAGAAUGCGACUUCAGCAAUAA